AAUGGCUUGUUUUACAAUGGACUGGCUCUUCAAUCAUAAUCAACGAAUGGGCCUUGGUUUCAGCCCAUCAACUAAUUGUCCAUCCCAGCCCACCACUUUCAGCCCCAUCGUCACUUUCCUCCUUUCACCGAAACCCUAAUGCACCCCUGCAUCAUCACGCCUCUUUCGUCUGAACCCUCUCCAUCGCGCCUUUUUUACCUGCACCAUCACUUCACUCUACACACUUCUACAAAUCGCAUAAAAUUAUUUUCGUAGUCGUUUUUGAACAACUUGCUUUGAGCAGAGAAUCCCAGUAACGCUUUCCCUUCAACUUCUCCAUCGCCCAAAAGAAAGGUUUUUUUUUUUUUUUUUUUUAUAGACAAAAGCCUUCAGAGAACUGGGAAGUCACUGAAAAGCUACAUAAUUUGUUCCGAGAAAACGACUUGUUUCUUCAAGUAGUGACGUGAUGGGGGCACCUUUCCUGGGCAUGCCAGGACCAUGGGCCAACAAUCAUCUUGAACCAUCUGAUCAUUAUACAACAAAAAUUGGUGGAUUGCCUGAUUGGCCUCUUCCCGAGGAGGCUUUAAGAUCCAAUCUGCUUCUUCAGUGUGGCGCAUGUGGAAGUAAACUCUGCCUUAUUGCACAGGUUUAUGCUCCUAUUUCAAGUAAAAGUUUAGAUAUUGAAGAGCGUGUUCUUUAUGUUUUUGGUUGUGUGAUGCCAAAAUGUGGGAGCACUCCCCUGAGUUGGCAAGCUCUUCGUGUUCAGAAAUCACCCAAUGUAGAAGAAUCGCAUACCAACUCUCGGGAAGUGGUGUCUUCACCUGCACCCUCUGUUUCAGUUUCAAAUACCAGCUGGUGGGAGGGUUUCGGUGAUGAAAAUGGUGCGGACAUGGAUCUGGAGGAAUUGGGUAAAGCACUCUCCGAAGCUGCAACCUUUGCUUCUCAUUCCAAGAAACCACAGAGCAAUCGCUGUUCUAAGAGUAAAAAGAAGCCCACACCCGUAAGCCCAAGAAGAAGAAUGAUGGAUGCCAACACACCAGUGCUGCCUUGCUUUUAUAUUUAUACUCAGGAAGAACCAUCCUCAAGAGAUAUUACUUCAAUGUGCUCAAAUUACUCUUCACUUUCCAUUAAGGAAAAUGGAAGUGAUGCCAAGGAUGAUGUACAAAAAGAAGUUUGGGCGGAGGAACAUUAUGAAUAUGAUAAAGCUUUGACUGCUGAUAGGACUUACCUUAAAUUCAAGCGUCGACUGGAUGCAUACCCAGAGCAAUGCUUCAGAUACUCAUUUGGAGGGAAGCCACUUCUGGCUACGGCAGAUGAAGGAGACCCUGGGAGGUGUAGGCUCUGUGGUGGAGCAAGGCACUUUGAAAUGCAGCUAAUGUCACCGUUGUUAUAUUUUCUGCACGAAGCAGCUGACGAUCGUCAACGACUGUUGCUGCAGAAUUGGGACUGGAUGACGCUUGUUGUGUAUACUUGUUCCAAGAACUGUUCUCAACCAUUGGAUCAAGAAAAUUCCCACACUGGGGGCUGGAUUGUGGCGGAGGAGGCUGUUGUGGUACAAAAUGAGAAAUCCUUGGCUGAGUCAUUUCCACGUAACUUUUUCUCGUGAUUUGUAAUAUUAAUCUAAAGAGAAAAACACCACACGUCUCACAUGCAAGUAAAUUCUGCCUAGUCUGAACUGCUUUUAUAUUAGGAAUCACUGAAAGAGUUUUGCUACUGA